CCGUGUACUUCGGAUAGGUUUUUUGACUAAACCACAAGCUUAAAGCUCUCUCACUCCCUAACCUGCUCUCUCAUCUCUCUCUCUCUCUCUCUCUCUCUCUCUCUCUGAUCUGAGCCGAGCUGAACUAAGAAAAUGAGGUCUCAGAUUUGCAGAUCCGCUUCCAGAGCUGCGAGGUCCUUGCUCUCUACUCCCAAAGCCUCCUCCCGUUCCUACUCCGAAGGGCGAGCUGUAGCUACGGCUGCAGCAGUAGCGUUGGGUUCGAAGGCGCCUUUGUUUGCUUCAAGUUUUGGAAGAGCUGGUUCUGACAAUGCAUCUAGAGGAUGGAUUUCUGGAGCACUUGCCAUUCCUGCCGCAGCUUACAUUCUUGUUGACCAGGAGGUUCAUGCUGCAGAGUUGGAACGCACCUUCAUUGCUAUCAAGCCAGAUGGAGUUCAAAGAGGACUGAUUGCAGAAAUCAUAUCUCGAUUUGAGCGGAAAGGUUUUAAACUUGUAGGCAUUAAAGUGGUUGUUCCUACAAAGGAUUUUGCGCAAAAGCAUUAUCAUGAUCUGAAGGAGAGGCCAUUCUUUAGUGGCCUCUGUGAAUUCCUUAGUUCCGGCCCUGUUAUUGCAAUGGUCUGGGAAGGAGAGGGUGUGAUCAAGUAUGGUAGAAAACUUAUUGGAGCUACAGACCCCCAAAAAUCAGAACCUGGAACUAUCAGAGGCGAUCUAGCCGUUGUUGUCGGAAGAAACAUCAUCCACGGCAGCGAUGGUCCAGAGACUGCCAAGGACGAAAUCAACUUGUGGUUUACACCAAGUGAGUUGGUUAGUUACACCAGCAACCAAGAGAAGUGGAUCUAUGGAGUCAACUAAUCAAAGUUUUUGUUUUCCUUGAUUUUCCGGCAAUGUAGGUCGCCCACAUGAAGAGUGGUGUGAAAGUAGAGAUUAUUGUUAGAAUAAAAUUAAAUUCCAUUUGGGGUGAGUGAAAUCUUUUGCUAGUGUUUAUUACUCUACUCAAUAAAAUUCUUCACCGAUUUCUAAUAAUCUUUUACCUCAGUUUUGAUUCGUAACUGCGGAGAUGUGUAUUAUUUGAUUUACUGCUUCACUUUUGCCAAGUUGAUGCUGCUUAAGAUAUCACUCACCAAAUCUUUAGCCAAAAAGGUUCACGGCAAGUGCAGGGUGUUCGCAAUGGCCGCGAUAAAGGUUCACGGCAAGUGCAGAGUCAAUCCCAAGGAACACUUUCUCAACACGAAGGCUGUGAGCAAAACAUCGCCCAUGGCUCAGCCGCCAUCAGAAUCGCGGCUAAUUCCGUCAAUGGCAAUUGCACCAGAUCAGAAGAGCCAUUAAUAUUUUGCUUGACGGAAUCUAUUAAUUAAGCAUGAUAUGAGGAACAAUUUAUAUUUUGGUUAUAUUGGCAAGUAACACAUUAGCAGGAAAAAAAGAGAUUAGCCUGGGCCUAUUCAUAUGAUUGGAAUUUUCCUUCACUUCCUAGGAAAAAGCCAUAGGGUUUUUGGCAUAGUUGGAUAGUUUGAAACUAGGGUUUAAUCUCCUUCUUCAUCCCUACGCAAUCGUCUUCCAUUUCCCUUCAACCCAGCGAUUUCCUGCCUUUAAUAUCGUCUUCGAUCUGCCGCCUUCAACACUGUCUCCACUGCCUGUGAUGUCUCCCGGUUCCGGAAUUGAAGAGCAAGGAGGAAGCGAAGGCAAAAGAGAGUUGAGAAAAAAAAAAAAAAAGAAA